UAUAGUAUGUGAACUAAUUAUAGGUGCUGCCCGAAUUAUACUGGUAAGUGGGUGAGUACGAUUAAAUUAGGUGCUAACGGAUUGUUGUUUGAAUUAACCACUUAACUGAGUGAGAAUAAUACAAGGUGACAGCCGUUUUAUUAGGUGUAAGCGGCAACUGAGGUAAGUACCUGCCAUUAAUUAAUCACAGCUGGGUGCGAACUGCGGCUGCUUUCCGCAGGAGUUUCAACCCGGAUAAGAGGGGGCGUGCAGCAACUGCGUUGCUGGAGCUCACCCCAAGCUAGAGUAGAUAAGUUCGAACACUCGAAAGAAGGAGUUGUCGGACUACGAAAGAGAUAAAGAAGGGAGAGAGCAGGAUAGAGAGAGGGAGAGAAAGGAGAAGGAGAAGAGAGAUCGGGAGAGAAUGGAGAGAGAAAGGAGAGAGCUUGAGGAGAAGGAGAGAUUGGUGAAGGCCGAAAGGGAGAGACGGCGAAGAGAGAAGGAGGAGAAUGAAAAGAAGGGUGAGAAGGAGAGAUUAGAGAAGGAGAGAAGUAGGAAAGAGCAAGAGAGGCUCGAAAGGGAAAAGAGAGAGAAGGAGAGAGAAGAGUACGAGAAGAGACUGCUUGAGCAGCAUAAGAGAAGGAGCAGUCUGGAAAGAUCCCCACCAGGAGGGAUAAGGAGAGACAUAAGACCGGAAAGAAGUACGGACGGAGAGUCCGAGACGACUACAGAAGAUGAUACCAAGAAGAGAAAGGAAAGAGAAGAAGAAAGUCCUAAAAGGUGA